AUUCUGGAAAGAGCUUAAAAAUUUCAAAGAAAGUCUCACUCACACACUCCGUUUCCACCCUCAUUCCACCACCGCCAUUUCUCCGGCAACCACCUACGCUACCACCGGUGAGACAUCAGUCAUGGCCCCUGCAAAGCCCAGCAUUCGGUCGAUCUCGCAACAAGCAUUCGAUGAAAUGGUUAAAGAAAACAUAGACGAUCUAGGUAUGGAGCCAACGGAAGCCCUAAGCGACGCCAUCGAAACCCUUACUCUUCAAGGCGUAGAUCUCUCUGGUAUCGUCACCUCUACACUCCCCGGAGAAACCAAUCCGGUGAUUCAAUCACUUGACAGAAUCAAACAAUUACAGAGUUCGGAUUGGACAGACAAAGCAGUCUUAGACGAGGCGCGAUGUUUGUUAGAUCAUUUGACGGAAUUGUCCCGUGUUGAGGGAUCUGGAAAUGCUGCGAUUGCUACGAGAAACGGAGGUGUAGAAUUGAUGUGCUCUGUUUGUUCGAAGCUUCGCGAUAUUGGCCGUGAUUCUGCACUUGUAUCGGCUUUGAAUGCAUUGGCUGCAUUUCUCCAUGAUCUUCAAAGUACAGAAACUUUCAGGCAAAGUGGAGGACCAAAAAUCGUGAUUGGUAUCCUAACUGAUGAAACUCAAAAUGUAAACAUCUUGAACAGUGCCUUCUCUGUUGUUGCUGCUUCUGCAACUGGUAAUGAGGUUCUCAAGGAAGCAUAUGUCGAAUUACACAUAGAUGAGUUAAUAGUUAAAAUCAUGAAGAACCAUAAAAAAGGAAGCAUCUCAAGUUUAUAUGAUGCCAUUCGAGUACUCUUAGCAGCUGAUGAUACCCGUGUAAUCGCCUCACAAGUUUAUGGGUAUGCUCGAAAAUUUGCUAAAUUUGGAAUUGCUGAAGCUCUUGCUGAGUCACUUGAUGAUGAACUUAACUUAUCAAGCCUGGUUUCAAUAACAAUUGCACUAAAAGCCAUUGCAGUGAAUGAUGAAAUAUGCAGAUCAGUUGCUGAAAAAGGUGUUAUAGAUUCACUACUCAAUACUAUCGAUGAAUCUGGCAUACAAGGAAACAAAACUGUAGCCAAAUCUUGCUGUUCUUUGUUAUCAAAGUUGGCAGGAAGUGACUUUAAUAAGAGUGCUAUAAUUGAAAGGGGAGGUUUGAAUAGACUCAUCACACUUUCCAACAGACUUCAUGAGGAUCCUUCAGUCAUCCAAGAGGUGAUGACCAUCAUAAGCACCCUGUGCCUGCGAUCACCUGAUCAUGCAGCCAUGGCCAUGGAAGCUGGAGCAGGAGAGCUUGCAAUUCAAGCUAUGAAGAAGUUUCCUGAAGCAUCUCAGUUGCAGAAAUAUUCAUGUCUCAUGAUUCGUAAUCUUGUUGCUAGGAAUACAGAAAACAGGUCUAUUUUGUUGAAUAAUGCUAUUGAGAAGAUGAUAAGGAAUGCGAAAGAAAGCCAUAAAAGUUGUAGAGAAGCUGGGACUGAUGCACUUAGAGACUUGGGGGUUGAAAACUAUAAUUCAUAGCUAUUGUUGCCUUAAAAAAAUGUUAUCUUUUUAUGAUAUAUGAUUUUGUUUUUAGACUUUAUAAAAAUUGUUAUGUAAGAGAUGGG